AUGGCGAACCCUCUCGAUACGGAUGCUGGCUCCGAACUUUUCAGCUCGUAUGAGGCGGAGCUCAAGCUCGUACAUGCUGAUCUGGCGCAAAAGCUGGACCAGAUCCCCGAACUGAGUGGUGAACCGCGCAAGGCUGCCGUCAGCCAGGCUGAACGCGCCUUGGAAGAGGCAGAUGAACUGCUUGGCCAAAUGCGCCUUGAAAAGCAAAACAUCCCUACGUCUGCACGAGCCAAAGUCAACCAGCGCUUCCGCAACUACGAAGCCGACGUCGAUGCAAACCGCCGAAAGCUUACGAGCCUCUCCACCAACCGAGCGGCCCUGUUCGGUUCACGCUACACCGACGAACCGUCCGGAUCAACGGAUAUCAAUCUGGAACAGCGACAGCAGUUGCUGUCGGGAACUGAACGACUCGACCGAAGCACACAACGACUUCUCAGCAGCCAGCGGCUCGCCAACGAGACAGAAGCUAUCGGAGCUGAAACGUUGGCCGAUUUGCACAGGCAGGGCGAGACUAUUCGCCACACGCACGACACUCUUUUGGACAGCGAGAAUUAUGUCGAUCGCAGCGUCAAGACCUUGAGGGGGAUGGCUCGGAGGUAA